UGAGAAUGGCGAAUAGUGGACGAUCUACAGGGAAUCGGACUGCGUUUGGUGUUCCAAGGUUAUUUCCUCCUCUUCCACAUCAGCUAGCUAACCAUCCAAGGCCUGGUUACCAUUUUUUCUGAUUUCAUAAGUUAGCGGCUCGGUUACUGAGUUCAACCRCCUCGUUAUCAUGUCAAGAUCUCAUAAAGACGUAAAUGACAGCUCGGGAAACAUGGAUGAUGCAACGUACAGGUUGCGAGAUUUACUUUCUUCAGACAAAAACAACGAAGAUAAAGAAAGGGUGCGUGUGGAGCAUUAUAUACACGAUAAAUCGUUCAAGGAGCGGCUGAGAUUCUAUUUUGUUACUAAUCAAAGAUAUAGUAUAAGAUGGCAAACAUUUCGCUUCAUCGUAAAAAUAAUUUCCUGUGUUUUAUAUGUCGUAAGAAGCGUCCAAGAUACAGACCCUGAUACAGCACACUGUUAUGGAUGUACAUCGCUAGACAUCGCUAACGCUACCAAAUGGUGUUGUCACAAGCCACACACUUCUAUAGAAUAUAAUCCUAUUGCAUUAUUAUGGGUAUACAGAGAAAACCCCCUAUGGAUUAUACAGACAAUUAUAGCAUUCUAUUCUUUGUUUGAUACUUUUAUUCAUUGUUAUCUAAACAAGAGUUCAAUAAUCAGUCAGAUAAUCAACAUACGUAUGUUCCUAGAGGUUAUUCUAUCAGUACCCUUCGUUAUAUCGAUAUUCUGGCCGGAAAUCAGAAACAUAUUUAUUCCCUUGUUCCUCAACUGCUGGCUGGCGAAGGCAGCACUAGAAACGAUGUUUAAUGAUUUGCAUAGACUAGUCCUUCGACAACAAUCAGCUUUGUCACAAAAGUUACUUAUUCUCUGUGGUACUGUCUUCUGUAUUCUUUUUACAAGUGUGUGUGGUAUUCAUCAUUCUGAGCGAGCAUCAGGGAAAUGGUCCUUUUUCGAUACAACGUGGUUCGUUGUGGUAACGUUCAGUACCGUUGGUUACGGAGAAAUAACCCCAAAACACUGGACGACACAGACGUUCGUCAUGAUUAUGAUUGGCAUCGCUCUUGUUAUGCUUCCUAUCGAGCUCGAGCAACUGGCCUUUCUACUGUUUAGUAGACAGAAAGAAGGCGGGGCCUACAGUACAUUAUURGCGGGAACGACAAGACACGUGGUACUGUGUUCAACAACGUUGCGCGCGGUCACCGUGAUUGACUUCCUAAAUGAGUUUUAUGCUGAUCCCAAACUUCAGGACGUCCAUGUGGUGUUACUGUGUCCAUCCGAACUCGACAGUACCCUACGUAUCUUACUCCAAGUACCAGUCUGGGCUCAGAGAGUCACUUACCUCAAGGGCUCGGCCCUCAUCGAUGAGGACCUCAUACGAGCCAGGGUAGAAACGGCAGAGGGAUGCUUUAUUCUUGCUGACAGAUAYGCCGCUGACCGCGAGGCUGCCGAUCAGCAUACCAUUCUACGUACUUGGGCCGUWCAGGACUUUGCUCCUGCCACGCCCUUAUUUGUACAAAUUUUAAAGCCAGAAAAUAAGUUUCAUGUCAGCUUUGCAGAGCACGUGGUUUGUGAGGAUGAAAUUAAACACGCGCUACUCGCGAGUAACUGCGUGUGCCCUGGAAUAUCUACAUUUGUUACACUACUUCUACAUACGUUACACGAACAGCAAGGUUCAGAGAAGUGGCACGAGAUGUAUGGUAAAUGUUCUGGUAACGAGAUCUACGACAUUCGCCUGGGUGACAGUAGAAUUUUCAGACCUUACGCGUACAAGAGCUUUACUCAUGCUGCUUUCCAUGCUCAUAAUAGGUACGGUGUCACUCUUAUAGGCGUACGUCGUACUGGGAAGAAUUCGCGCGUCAUGCUCAACCCAGGCCCUUCUCAUAUAAUGAACUACGAAGACCGCUGUUUGUAUAUCGCCAUCUCAAGCGAGGAAGACACGGCGUUCAAAAAAUACGAAGAGCCCAAGAAAUCCAGCCGGUUAAGCAGUCAGCGGUUAAGAAACCAAUCCUUUAUCACUGCGAGUUCAGUUGCACUGGAGUUGCAYUCUGAGACUAGUUACAGUGGAAAUGAAAGAUACGGAGAUGUUGCCGAAAACAAUCGCAUGAAACAGCUCCAGCAACAUCCUAGUAACGGACUCAAAUACUCAACCCCUGCAAAAGUCGAGGUUGAAAUAGAGUCCCCCAAAGAUGACGAGGAUAAUAACGAAACAGAUGGCAUUGAUUUGGUCGAUAAUCCAGAGAGCAGUCAAGGACGAGGGAAAGAAGUGACCUUUGAUAUCGGUGACUCCAGGAGAUCGUCUAUAUCUACUACGGGAUUUGUACCUGAUGAAUCGGAUAUGGAAUCGGAGACCGGGCUUGAGAUGGAAGACAUGCCAAGUAGAAUACCAGAUUAUCAUAUCGGAGUUCUUCCUGUUUCGCCAUACAUUGGACGUACUCCCAUGCGAUGUCAUCUACUUAAAAUACCYAAACCCCGAUGCUGCCUUAAACUGUACGAGGAUUGUGCUCAUAGAGAUCCAAACGACCACGUGCGCAUCCAACAUCAGCAGCGUGGCGGUAUCAUCGUAUCAUCGCCAGUGGCCGAAGCAGGAUUGUAUAACUUUAUUCUUCCCUUACGAGCUUAUCAUCGWCCAAAGAUCACUUUAAAACCUAUCAUCCUUCUACUGGGAGAAGAGCCAAAUGAAGAUUUCCUAGAAGCUGUGUGCCAUUUUCCAAUGUUAUACUACAUGACGGGAACAAUAAAUAGCCUGGAUAGUCUCCUCCAAGCGGGCUGCCUUACUGCAGAUAGUAUAGUAGUAGUAGGACAGAGAUUUGCGAGUCAGUUCUAUGAUGAAGAACACAUGGCAGAUGCAAGCAUUAUUGUAGGUGUACAGACUAUCUAUAGGCUGUUUCCAGCUGCAACAUUGAUCGUUGAACUAACACACGCUACCAACAUGAGGUUCAUGCAGUUCAAAGCUGAUCAGACGAAUACCAGUACAGAAUCAAUGGCCAGCCUGCGUGAAAGUGUAAAGCGAAAGUUGAAAGAACAGAAUAAGAAAGACCAUCUGAACUACAUGUUCCGUGAACCKUUYGCAGCUGGUUAUGUGUUUAGUAUGAGUAUGUUGGAUACCUUGCUCUAUCAGACGUUUGUCAAAGACUACAUGAUCACUUUGAUAAGCCUUCUUCUCGGAUGUGAACAAGCACCAGGCUCGGGAUACCUGUGUUCGUUCAAAGUCACAAAUGACCAUCUGUGGYUGGAGACGUACGGCAGGUUGUUUCAGCGUCUUUGUUCAACGACUUGUGAGGUACCGAUAGGAAUUUACAGAACACAUCACGAACAAAGCGAGGAUGUGGAGGACUCGUGUCCGCGAGGGACUAAGUUCGAAAAGCGYGAUAUACAUGAUAUUAUAGGAAACAGAAUGAAACAGCUUGGGCUGAGCGAACAACCUGAUACAGGAAAAAGACCCGGAGUAUCGUUCGUCAUCGUGAACCCUGUACCUGARCUGGAAUUACAAGAGGGCGAUAUAAUCUAUCUUAUUCGUCCUACUAAUGCAGUUAACCCAAAUCACGUUUCUACCACUGGACCUGAAAACACAUCAACCAGGAGUGACACACACUUGACUGUCACGGAUUCCACCUCAAGAACAAGUCAGUCCACCAAGCUGUGAAGUGAUUGAAGGAGCGAAACACGUGACUGUCACGUAAAAUAAGGCAGGUUCUAGAAAUCAAGGCUCUGUUCAAGUGAGCUUGUGAGUGUCAAUCACAUGACAUGUGCACUUAUCACGUGAUAGGAAACAACCAUUAAUUAUGCAUGAGUUACAUUAUCUCAAUGUUGAUGGUACCUAUUUGUCGUGGAUUAAUAUGAAAAGAAACUAUCAUAUGGGUUUCCUGUGUUGGAAGAGUAGCAGCACAGUAUUACAUUACAAGAAAUGUUGCACGUGAAGACGACUGGUUAACCUCUAAAACCCGUUGCUACGACAACRUAGAGACAACACUUCUGCGCAUGUUCUGCGCUAGCUGGGUUUAAAACCGACAAUGUAGUUGUAAAAAAAGUGUUGCAACACUUAAUUAUUGAUAUUUUGUAAAUAUCUCSAUUUUUUCCAAAUCGACUUCUCAAUUUCCUAAUCGUUUCUGAUUGGAWCGCGAGGUUCGUGACGUCAGCUAAGGCUCGUCCCAGGCCUCAGUCUGGUGACGCGCUACACUAUAGUAUUAUUAACUGUCUACGAGAAUUGAUCGGUACAUGUUCAUACUUGUUCUAAAAGAUCCUUUAUACGAUAUUUUAUUUUAUGAUUAUUUUUUGCAAUUCCUUUGAUUUCGUAAUUUUCAAGUCAUUGCUUUUAAUUUUUUUUAGUAACUUAUUUAAAUGUUUAAAUAGAAAACUGACGCCAUUAUAAUUUAAGAAAACAAUUUUGAAUGAAACCGAAAAAACUUCAAAUGAUAAAAAAAUAUUUAAAGAAAAGACACUGCGAUUAGUAAAAACAAGUAGAAUUAAGGAGGUUGUGAUGACGGUGAUGAUGAUAUAUGAUGGUAGUAGUGGUGUUGUUGAUGAUGACG